AUGGGGCUUCAGUCCGAAAACAGCAAAGCCUCGGCAACCCAGGAUAAGCCUCCGAGGUUGAACACCUGCCCGGGCAAGGUCUUCUGUAACAUUAAGGUAUUUGUGUUUUGCCAUGGCCUGAUGCAGCUGUCUCAACUCCUCUACAGUGCUUACUUUAAGAGUAGCUUGACUACCAUCGAGAAGCGCUUUGGCCUCUCCAGUUUGUCCUCUGGCUUUAUCUCCAGUUUACAUGAGAUUGGCAAUGUCAUCCUCAUCAUCUUUGUGAGCUACUUUGGUAGUCGAGUUCAUCGACCUCGGAUCAUUGGCCUGGGAGGUCUCCUGUUGGCACUAGGGGCCUUCCUUUUGACUCUUCCACAUUUCCUUUCUGGACGAUAUGAAUAUUCUUCAGCACAAAUUAAUAACCAGAGCAGCCAGCCCAGGUUAGAGCUCUGUCAAGGAGGAUUUAAGUGUUCGAAUGCCACUGUGAAUGUCAAGGCAGAGGCCAGUAUCAUGUGGGGAUUAAUGAUACUUGCCCAACUCUUGGCUGGAAUUGGAACAGUCCCUAUCCAGCCUUUUGGAAUUUCCUAUGUGGAUGACUUUGCUGAGCCAAACAAUUCUCCUUUGUACAUAGCAAUCUUAUUUUCCAUCUCAGUGUUUGGUCCAGCUUUUGGCUACCUACUUGGCUCUGCAGCAUUGAGGAUUUUUGUAGAUUUUGGACGGGUUAGCUCAAAGGAUGUAAACUUGACGCCAAAUGACCCACGUUGGAUUGGAGCAUGGUGGUUGGGUCUUCUCGUUGCUGCUGGUUGUUUGCUACUCUGUUCCAUUCCCUAUUUCUUCUUCCCUCGAUAUAUGCUGAAAGGGAAGGAAGCAUCUGAAGCAGAUAUCCUGAAGAAGAUUGAAAAAGCAAAGGAAGAGUCCCUGAUGGUUUUUAUCAAAAAGUUCCCGCAAGGCUUCUUAAAACUGCUCCUCAAUCCACUCUUCAUAUUGUUGGUCUUGGCGCAAUGCAGCUUCUCCUCUGUUCUUGCUGGGCUCUCUACCUUCCUCAACAAGUACCUGGAAAAACAAUUUGGUGCUACCCCCUCUUAUGCUAACUUCCUCAUUGGAUCUGUGAAUUUACCUGCAGCUGCCGUAGGGAUGCUCAUCGGAGGGCUCAUCAUGAAACGUUUUGCUUUCUCACUCAAAGCCAUCCCACGUUUCACCAUCGUGGUGUUACUUAUCUCCACCCUUUGCUAUCUUCCUCUCUUUUUUAUGGGCUGCUCUUCACAGACCGUGGCUAGAAUUAAUCUGUCCAGUACAUCAAGUUCCCCAGAACAAAAUCCUUGUAACCUUCGUUGCUCCUGCUCAAAGUAUCUCUUCCAUCCAGUCUGUGGAGAUGAUGGUGUGGAGUACCUCUCUCCCUGUCACGCUGGCUGUACUGGUUUCUUCUCUAAUUCUUCAGCAUCUGGAAUUAUCUACACAAAUUGCUCCUGUAUCUCCACCAAGAAUGGACAAUCUUCAGCAAAGAUUGGAUCUUGCUCUGUUAGCUGUGCCCAUCUGUUGUUACCUGUUAUAUUCGUCAUCUCAUUUUCUGCAUUGAUUGCCUGUCUAUCUCACAACCCUCUCUACAUGAUGGUGUUACGAGUGGUGUCCUAUGAAGAAAAGUCUUUUGCUAUUGGAAUCCAGUUCCUGUUGAUGAGAUUACUGGCCUGGUUGCCAGCUCCUACCCUCUUUGGCAUCCUGAUUGACUCUUCUUGCAUAUGGUGGAAGCAAACCUGCAACAGAAAGAGUGGAUCCUGCCAUUAUUAUAACAAUGGCGUCUUCCGCAGCAGGUACUUAGGCCUCCAGGUUGGCUACAAAAUUAUUGGAAUUCUGCUAUUAUCUUUCCUCAGCUGGAAGCUGACCAGGAACAAGCAAUACAAUGUGCAAGAUAAAGCUGCUGACUUAGAAUAGCUCUACACUACAACAAGACCCGCUUCAAGCAUCAUUUUGUGUGAUGUUUAAAUUUACUUACCUUGGCCUUUGUGCCUUUUGUUUUAUUUUAUUUUUUUACAAUACAGGCACCAUUGUAUAUAAGUAGCUGAACUUGAACUCCUACAUGAACAGUUUCUGCUGCAUGUAGUCCAGCUAAAAGAACAUGUUUGUGCUGGGGAACGGAGAUCACACAGCCAGCUCAUUUCAUUGAGAGGCAUUGAAAUGAAAAUACCCAGAGCCAGCAAAAGGGACCCCCCCCCGGGGGGUGCAACAGUGGUAGAGGCAUCUUCAAAGACUGGACCAGAGAUGUACAGAUGUUUGGAAGACAAUGGGUUCUCUUGUUUUUAUGUCAAAACAAUGGAAAUGGCAAGUGUUAUACCUUAAAACAGUGGUCCCCAACCUUUUUUGUACCAGGGAC